AAGUUCUUUUCUUUUGUUGGGCAAGCAAAUCGUUGUGUACGUUUUGCAGUUCCGUUGUUUUUGUAUUUUAUGUUCAAUUUAAAUAAGGCGUUUACUGUGAUUAUAAUAUACAAUUAACAAUAUUUCUCAUCCUUGAAAAAUUUUAUAUUAAUGGUAAUAAUAAUAUACCACAAGAGCCGGUAGUAUGGCUAAAUGGAAACUAAGCCGACUGAUAUUUGGAAAAGAAGAGUUCACAUUUAGCGAAGGAGAUGAAAUAACUAUUGGCAGAGGCAUCAACAACAAAAUAAUUUUAUCUAGUUUAUUAAUUUCUCGGAAUCAUUGUGUACUUAUUGCGAAAAAAAAUGAAGUUGUUCUAACAGAUCUAAAGAGCUCCAAUGGAAUUUUUAUUGGUUCUGAGAAAAUAGCACCAAAUACACCAGUCAAACUGAAACCAUUUGAUGUUAUUGGAUUUGGAUUGACAAAAGAUUCUUCUUUUCCUAACGUUGAAGACAAUGAGAAAUAUCUUUUUAAAAUAAUAAAGGAGGAAACAACUUUAGCUGAUAGAAUAAUAUUCCAAACUGAAGAUGAUAUUGAAGAAGAAUUGUUAGCUUUAGAAAGAGGUUGUUCUAAUGCAAGAGGGGUAUCACCUGUUAUAGACUUGAAGAAAAAUUUGAAAAGAAAAAUUGAUCAGGAAAAAGAAAAUGUUUUAAAGUCAAUGGAUCAUAAAAGUAAUAGCAAAGAAGAUUACAAUAAUGAAUUUAAUAUAAAAAAUAAUCCUUCAAAUUCAAAUACAAAUACUAACUCUUUGAAAAAAUUCAAACAGGAUGUUACAGAUGAUCCAAUUACUGUUAGUGAUGAAGUCAUCAAAGAAGAAAAUGAUUUAGAAUUAGAUGUUUUCUCCAUCAAGAGGGAGUACAUGGGUGAUGAUGAUGAUCCCAUACAAAUUGACAGUGACAGUGAUGAUAGUGACUCUGAACAAUGGAUCAUGAGGCUUUCACAAAGCUCUCCAGGAAAACCAUUCACUAUAUCAUCAGUUAAAAGUAACAAAAAUGUAACUAAAGAUUAUCAUAAAGAUGACAAUUCUUAUAGCCAAAUGGAUGAUGAAAUUGUAAAUAAUAUUAUCCAUAUCCCUGAAGAAGAGAAUGAAGAUGAAGAUUUCAUGGUAGAUUUAAUAUCUAUACCACCUCAGCCUCCUAACUAUGAUGAUUAUAUUGAAGAUAAUCAGGUUCCUGUUGAAGACCAUCACAUGCCUGAUAAAGGUGAUUCAAAUGAAAAGAUUGUAGAACAAAACCUCACAAUUACAAAAGAACAACCAAUACAAAAAGCUACAAUUUGUGAAAAUAAUGACAAUUAUAUUAAUAAAUCUACUGCAAAUGACCAUCCAAUGAAUGAGGAUUUGGUUGAUGGUUGCUCAACUAUAAUGCCUGAGGAAUUGGUCCAGAACAAAGAAUCUAUAGAAGCACCUCCAUUGAACACUGAGUCAAACAAAAUUAGAUUUAUUUCACCUCCGCCUCUAGCUCCAAGAAGAAUAUCAUUAAUUGCAUCACCAGAAUAUAAAUCAAAAAGUUCGUCAAGAAAACACAAAAAAAGUAACUCAUCAAAAAGGACCAUAUCUAAUUCACAAAAAGAAGAACGCAAGAGGAAACUGAAAGCAAUUGCAGAAAAGAAUAAAGAACAAAAUGAACAAAGCAAUGUUGUGUCUACUACAACAAAUGAUGAUAAAAAACCAUUAAGUUCUAUUAAUGUUAAGGUUACCAGUACAAAUAGAACAAUGAAAAUGACAGAAUAUCCACAAGAGAUACCCAAAGACAAGUCUAAAUCGGAAGCUGUCACUAGGGUCCAACCACUAGACAUACAUAAAACAUCAGAAUCCAUAAAGAAAACACUAUGUCAAAAAGAUAAAACAUCCGAAUCAAGACAUAAAAAGAAAAUUGAAAAUGAAAAAAAUACAGAAUCAUCAGACAAGAAACAAGUUGAUUCAAAGCACAAAUCGAAAUCUGCAUCAUCCAAAGAAAAAUUACCGUUGAAAAGUUUGAAACCACUCACAGAUAGUGAGGACUCAGGAAAGCCUUUAUCAAAAGUUGAGCCUUUGCCUCCAAGAAAAGUUAAGAAGUCAGUGAGAUUUUCUGAGGCAGCACCAGAGGUGCGAACUUUUGAGAUAGAGCCAGGCAACAGAAUGAGAAAGACCAGUUUGAUUAAGACAACUCUUGUUGAUGUACAACAUAUGCCUAUCUUUUCUUUGGAAAAAUUAACCCUGAUGAAAAUUUUAAGGUGGAAUCCCCAAUGGCUGGAUGAACAAGUUAAUUUAACAGUACCACCUCCUAUUUUGGGUCAUGACAGUGAACCAACAGCAUUGUAUCAUACAUUUCAUAAUCACAACCAGUAUGUACAGCAAGUUGGAGAUUUAUUACUAAUGGAAGUAUGGGAAAACUUAUCAUUAGCAUAUGCGAAAAUUCGUAAUCAACCCAAUUUAUUGUCUAUGAGAAUAGCUUCGUUGCCCCCCAUCCCGCCUCCAGAAAGAUGUUUCGAUAUUGCCAGUAUAACUGUGGAUAUUUCUCUUCCAAAUACAGAAUUGAAAAAUUUACCUAAAGCGGGUGACGUAUUACUGGUUUACUUCGGCAAUGAAGGCACAAAGAGGUUUUUCUAUGUUCAUAAUGUCAAAUGUAUUCCAUCACCACCUAGGAAUAUUCACUCAUUCUACAACCUGGUCCUCCACGCAACUUUUACUCAGAAGAUGAAAGAUUUGAAGCCGGGCGAGACUAUCAGGGCUCUAGACCUCGGUCACAUCAACAACGAGAGGAACCUGUUCGAAGCCAUGGCCUACCUGGCCUCGUCGCCCCUUAGCGAGGCGAUACUGCGACCGGAGCCGAGGCAUUUUGUGCCGAACGAUUCGGUCUUGAAAAAUAUUAGAUCACCGUGGACUAUGACUUUGAACGACAGUCAGCAGCGGGCCGUGACGACGUCAGUAGCUGCGGCGCUCGGCGACAAGCCGUGCUUGCAGAUGAUACAGGGACCCCCUGGAACGGGGAAAUCCGGCGUGAUAUGCUCCAUAGUGAUGACGUACUUCUACGACGAGCACGGCAACCGACACCAGAACCGCGGCAAGCUGCUGUUGUGCGCGACCAGCAACGCCGCCGUAGACGGCCUCGUGCUCAGGCUGCUGAAGAUUAGGCAAGAUCUGCCCAAACCGCAAAGGUUCAGGAUGGUGCGCGUGGGCCGCCUGGAGUCCAUGCACGAGCGCGCGCGCGACCUCAGCUCGCAGCAGCUGGCGCAGCGCGACGCGCAGCGGCCCGCCGCGCCGCCGCCGCCGCGCGCCGCCGAGGAGAUAUCUCUGUUAAAUGCUAAAAUAAACAAAUGGAAAACGGCGGCGCGUGAUGCAAAGGAUCCAGUGAGAGUAGCUUAUUGCGAAGGUCGUGUAAAGGAACUCGAAAGGAGGAAAGGGCUGCUGUCCGGCGGCGCGGCGUGCGCGGCGAGCGCGGCGCUGCGGCCGGAGCAGCUUGCGCAGGCGGAGCGCCGCAUCGUGGAGGGCGCCGACAUCAUCGCCACCACGCUCGCCAGCGUGCACAACCACAAGAUGAGGGGGCUCAAAGGUCGCAUUGCAUUGUGCAUCAUUGACGAGGCGGGACAAGCCAUCGAACCGGAAGCCUUAUUACCUCUCACGCUUGACGUGACUAAACUUACGCUCGUCGGCGACCCACAACAACUUCCGGGGUACAUAUGCUCGCAGCGAGCAAAGCGUCUCGGCCUAGGCGAGAGUCUUUUCUCGCGAUUAUCAUCCUGCGCCGAGUCGUGGAACCGAGAAGACGAAGAGCGCGCGGUUCAGCUGCUGCAGGUUCAGUACCGGAUGCACGCGCACAUCGCGGACUACCCCAACCGCGCGUUCUACGGCGCCAGGGUGGGGGACCACCCGCCUCUUAGACCAGCAAUGCCGUGCGGGCCAUACUUUGUGCUGGGAAUCUCGAGUGGCGAUAAAGGACAAGGUGUUCGCGGCGAGAACGAGAUGGAGGCGUGGGGCGCGGCGCGCGUGGCGGCGGCGCUGGCGGCGGCGCUGCGGCGCGCGGCGCCGGCGCCCGGCCUCGCCGUCAUCACGCCCUACGUGGCGCAGCGCGACACCAUCCGGCGCAAGCUAAAGCUGCUGCUAGCGGAGAACCCAGCGAGCAACGUGGAAGUGAACACGGUGGACAGUUUCCAAGGACAGGAGCGGGACGUGGUGGUGGUGUCGCUGGCGCGCUGCAGCGGGCUGGGCUUCGUGGCGGAGCCGGGCCGCAUGAACGUGCUGCUGACGCGCGCGCGCCACGCGCUGCUCGUGUGCCUCAACCCCGCCGCCGUGCAGAAUAAUCCACAAUGGCGUACGCUAUUAGAAGACGCACAACGUAGAAAUUUGUACAGAGCGUUACCAAACAGCAUGUGCCAACCGGCGGGCCCCAUAUCCGACAAUGACAUCCUCUCUUAUAUAUCUAGUCACAGUAACUCGCAUCGUUCGAACCGAUAGUCAAUAAGUAUGCUUUGUUGCCAAUGGUAUCACUGAAAAAAGAUAUACGCAUAUGUCAAUUCCAUCAUGAAGCCAUACCUACAGCUCAACGUGGCCUUUCAGUCUUUUCGAGAAUAUUGGCUCUGUCUAUCCGUGUAGACGUGAUUACUUUUAUGUAUGCAUGUACGAGUAUGUAUCAAACCCACUAAAAAUCUUAAGUUGGGGACUGGAGGUGGUUUCGAAUGUUAUUUUUAAGAAUAAAUGUGACCAAUAUUUUUUC